CUUCCUCUCCUCCUCUCACCUCAUAUUGUUGUUUGCGGCUCUAAUUUUUCAACAUGAAAUUGAAAUAAAACGAUGAGUUCCAUUUAUUACGAAAAUCAAAUCAGCAUUAACAACUGAAAAUGGAAGUAGCCUCAUGCGGUUUUUGCGGAAGCAGAAGCAGAAGCAUCCCUACAACUACAUUUGCUGUCAAUGCUGCAAAUCCUCCCUUACACUUCUCCUUCUCUUCUUCUUUUCGAUCUAUAUGUUUAUUCAUUGGACGCCAACAACAAGAACGACAUCGUUUCAUUUGCAGCAACGACAGUACUAGUAGCACCCAGAAAAAGCCUAAACCUAAGCAGCCUCGCAACAAAACCAAUUUUAUUACGAAAUCAAGAGUUUCCAACACUAAAACUAGUAAUGUCAAUGCAAAUGUUAUAGUUGAAAGAUCAAUUAAAGAGACGCCAGAGAGGAGCAAGACAGUGAAUGUUGGAACUUUAUAUCAAAAUGGGGAUCCGUUGGGGAGAAAAGAUCUUGGUAAGAGCGUUGUUAAAUGGAUAAGUCAAGGAAUGCGAGCAAUGGCUUCAGAUUUUGCUUCUGCAGAGGUUCAGGGAGAGGGAGAGUUUUCUGAGCUGAGACAGAGAAUGGGUCCUGGUCUUACUUUUGUAAUACAGGCUCAACCUUAUUUAAAUGCUAUUCCAAUGCCUCUUGGUCUUGAAGCCAUUUGUUUAAAGGCUUGCACUCAUUAUCCAACUCUCUUUGAUCACUUCCAGAGAGAACUCAGGGAUGUUUUACAACUACUACAAAACAAAUCUGUGGUUCAACAAUGGCAUCAAACUCAAUCAUGGAAACUCCUUAAGGAGCUUGCCAAUUCAGCUCAGCAUAGAGCUAUGGUUCGCAAGGUUACGCAACCAAAGCCUGUGCAAGGUGUUUUGGGAAUGGAUUUGAAGAGGGUCAAGACUAUACAGGAAAGAAUUGAUGAGUUUUCAAAUCGGAUGUCAGAAUUACUUCGCAUAGAGAGGGAUGCGGAACUGGAGUUCACACAGGAGGAGCUGAAUGCUGUUCCUACUCCUGAUGAGACUUCUGAUUCUUCGAAGCCGAUUGAAUUUUUGGUUAGCCAUGGGCGAGCUCAACAAGAACUAUGUGACACCAUCUGUAAUUUGUAUGCAGUUAGCACAUCCACAGGUCUAGGAGGAAUGCAUUUGGUGUUGUUUAGGGUUGAAGGUAAUCAUCGAUUGCCACCUACCACCCUUUCUCCUGGAGACAUGGUAUGCGUGAGGAUUUGUGAUAGCAGGGGUGCAGGUGCCACUUCCUGCAUGCAGGGCUUCGUUCACAAUCUUGGGGAAGAUGGCAGUAGCAUCAGUGUGGCUCUCGAAUCUCGUCAUGGUGAUCCCACAUUCUCUAAGCUUUUUGGCAAGAGUGUGCGUAUUGAUCGUAUCCAAGGAUUGGCUGAUACACUCACUUAUGAGCGCAAUUGUGAAGCAUUGAUGCUGCUUCAGAAGAGUGGUUUGCAUAAGAAAAAUCCUUCGAUUGCUGUAGUGGCUACACUAUUUGGAGACAAGGAAGAUGUUUCAUGGCUGGAAGAGAAUGAUAUAGCAGAUUGGGCAGAAGUGAAAUUGAAUGGACAGAUGAAGAAUGGAACUUUUGAUGUUUCUCAGAAAAGGGCAAUUGCCUUAGGUUUAAAUAAGAAGCGGCCUUUUCUGAUUGUCCAAGGCCCUCCCGGUACUGGAAAGACAGGUUUGCUUAUGGAACUUAUUGCACUUGCUGUCCAACAAGGUGAAAGGGUAUUAGUAACAGCACCUACAAAUGCAGCUGUUGACAAUAUGGUUGAAAAACUUUCCAGUAUUGGGUUAGAUAUUGUACGAGUUGGAAAUCCGGCACGCAUAUCUCCAGCUGUAGCAUCAAAGUCUUUGGGUGAAAUUGUCAAUUCAAAGCUUGCAACUUUUCUGAUGGAGUUUGAAAGGAAGAAGUCGGAUCUUAGAAAAGACUUGAGACAUUGUUUAAAGGAUGAUUCAUUAGCUGCUGGCAUUCGCCAGCUCCUAAAACAGCUUGGGAAGACACUGAAGAAAAAGGAGAAGGAAGCAAUAAAGGAAGUACUAUCAAGUGCCCAGGUGGUGCUUGCCACUAAUACUGGAGCAGCUGAUCCAUUGAUUCGAAAGUUAGAUACGUUUGACUUGGCUGUCAUAGAUGAAGCAGGGCAGGCAAUUGAGCCUUCUUGCUGGAUCCCAAUAUUGCAGGGAAAACGUUGUAUUCUUGCUGGUGACCAAUGCCAACUUGCUCCUGUGAUUCUAUCUAGAAAAGCCUUAGAAGGUGGCCUUGGAGUAUCCCUGCUGGAAAGAGCUUCAAAUAUGCAUGAAGGUGUUCUUGCUACAAAGUUGACAACUCAGUACCGUAUGAAUGAUGCAAUAGCUAGUUGGGCCUCUAAGGAGAUGUAUGGUGGAUCACUAAUCUCCUCUUUAACUGUUGCUGAUCAUCUACUUGUUGAUUCUCCAUUUGUCAAGCCCACAUGGAUAACGCAAUGCCCAUUGUUGUUGCUCGAUACAAGAAUGCCAUAUGGAAGUUUAUCUGUUGGUUGUGAAGAGCAUCUUGAUCUAGCUGGCACAGGCUCAUUUUACAAUGAAGGGGAGGCAGAAAUAGUGGUGCAGCAUGUCUUUUCCUUGAUUUAUGCUGGUGUCAGCCCAACAGCGAUUGCAGUGCAAUCUCCUUAUGUUGCUCAAGUGCAACUCUUGAGGGAUAGGCUUGAUGAGCUUCCAGAGGCUGGAGGUGUCGAGGUUGCAACUAUUGAUAGCUUUCAAGGCCGAGAGGCUGAUGCAGUAAUUAUAUCAAUGGUUCGGUCAAACACGUUGGGAGCUGUUGGAUUUCUUGGGGAUAGUAGGCGAAUGAAUGUAGCGAUAACAAGGGCACGUAAACAUGUAGCAGUUGUGUGUGAUAGCUCAACAAUAUGCCACAAUACUUUCCUGGCGAGGCUCUUGCGUCAUAUCCGUUAUUUUGGUAGGGUGAAGCAUGCUGAACCUGGUACAUUUGGGGGAUCUGGAUUUGGCAUGAACCCAAUGUUGCCAUCCAUCAGUUAACGCUUAGCCUAGCAGAUUACUUUAAUUCUUACUAAGCAUUGAUUGUUUGGUA